AUGCGUCCUCUACGACUCCAUUCUGCAGCCCCAAUCUCAAUCUCGGUCCUCCUCGCGUCCCUCGCAGCCGGACAGGUCAUAACAUGGGACGAAGCCUACGCCCGCGCGGCAUCGGACCUCGCCGUCCUCUCGCAGGAUGAAAAAGUCGGCAUCGUCACCGGCGUCACCUGGGAAGGGGGCCCCUGCGUCGGGAAUACCUACGAGCCGACGUCCAUCCCCUACCCCUCUCUCUGUCUGCAGGAUGGACCCCUGAGCGUGCGCUUCGCGAACCCCGUUACAGUCUUUCCCGCUGGUAUUAAUGCCGGCGCGACGUGGGACCGCGAGCUCAUUCGCGCGCGGGGCGUUGCGAUGGGCGCGGAGUCCGUGGGCCUCGGUGUCCAUGUUCAGCUUGGGCCUGUGGCUGGGGCGCUGGGGAAGAUUCCGUCUGCUGGGCGGAAUUGGGAGGGGUUCUCGAAUGAUCCGUAUCUUGCUGGUGUGGCGAUGGCGGAGGCGAUUGAGGGGAUGCAGAGUAGUGGUGUGCAGGCUUGUGCGAAGCACUACCUCCUCAACGAACAAGAAGUCAACCGCAACACCAUCUCCUCCGACCCGGACGACCGCACAAUCCACGAGCUCUACCUGUGGCCCUUCUACGAUGCCGUGCACGCAAACGUCGCGUCCGUCAUGUGCUCCUACAACAAGAUCAACGGCACCUGGGCCUGCGAGCACGACGCCCUCCUGAACGGCCUGCUGAAGGGCGAGCUCGGGUUUAAAGGCCAUGUCCUCUCCGACUGGAACGCGCAGCACAGUACAGUCCAGAGCGCGAACACGGGGCUCGAUAUGACGAUGCCAGGCUCCGACUUCAAUACGCCUCGCGGCUCGAUCUUCUGGGGCGAGAAUCUGGCCCUCGCUAUUGCGAAUGGCUCUGUGCCACAAGCGCGCCUUGAUGAUAUGGUUACGCGCAUUCUGGCCGCGUGGUAUCUUGUUGGUCAGGACCAGGGACAUCCUGAGGUGGCGUUUAGUAGUUGGGAUAGCGGGGCUGCGAGCGUGGAUGUUACGACGCCCGAGCAUGCGGAGCUGGCGCGGACGAUUGCGCGCGACUCCAUCGUGCUACUGAAAAAUAGCAAUGCUUCCUUACCGUUGGGGACUCCGGGGAGUUUGGCCGUCAUUGGGUCUGAUGCGAUUGUUAACCCCGCUGGCGCGAACGCGUGUACUGACCGCGGUUGCAAUACCGGGACGCUUGCGCAGGGCUGGGGAAGCGGGACUGCUGAGUAUCCUUACCUCAUCGCCCCCCUCGACGCAAUCCAAGAAAUAGCCGCAACAACAGGCACAACCAUCGUCACCAGCACAACCGAUGACCCAGCAGCAGGCGCAGCAGCGGCCGCCGCCGCGGAGACAGCGCUCGUCUUCAUCACCGCCGACUCUGGAGAGGGGUAUAUUACCGUCGAAGGCCAUCCGGGCGACCGCAACAACCUCGACCCCUGGCACAACGGCAACGCGCUCGUGCAAGCCGUCGCAGCCACAAACACGCCCACCAUCGUGGUAGUUCACAGCGUCGGACCCAUAACCCUCGAGACAAUCCUUGCCCAGCCGAACGUCGUCGCAAUCGUCUGGGCCGGAAUCCCAGGCCAAGAAAGCGGCCAUGCGCUAACGGACAUCCUCUUCGGCGCGUACGCGCCAUCCGGCAAAUUACCGUAUACCAUUGGCAAAUCUGAAGCGGAUUACGGCGCCGACUGGACGGAGUCCCAGACCGAUCCGUUUACGGAGGGCCUGUUCAUCGACUAUCGCCACUUCGACUACUAUGCCAUUGAGCCGCGGUAUGAGUUUGGCUUCGGGCUUAGCUAUACGACGUUUAACUAUAGCGCCCUUGCCCCCGCUAUAUCUGCGACACCUGGUCCGACGACAGGUGAGACGGUCGUCGGUGGACCGGCGGACCUCUUUGCGGCCGUUGGGACCGUCACCGCGUAUGUGAGCAACACCGGCGCUGUGUCCGGCGCCGAAGUCGCGCAGCUGUAUAUUGGGUUCCCGGACUCUGCGCCCCCCACGCCCCCGAAGCAGUUGAGGGGUUUUGAGAAGCUGAGUCUUGAACCUGGGCAGACUGGGACUGUCACUUUCCAGCUUACAAGGAGGGAUAUUAGUUAUUGGGAUGUUGGGGUCCAGAAGUGGGUUGUGCCGGCUGGGACGUUUGAGGUCUUUGUGGGCGCGUCGAGUCGCGAUGUUAGGUUGACGGGGAGCUUUACUGUUUGA